AUGUUCGUGCUGCUGCAUGCCCCGAUCCCGUACCACGAGUUUCGGCUACCCGUAUUUGAUUUCCGGUGGGUCGUCAGGCAGAAGUUUUUGCCCUUAUUGUUCGUUGGCCAGAUGAUGGUUCAGUUCGUUUAUGCGAUUCAAGUGGGCGUCCUUCAGGUCAGAGCGCUGAGCCCGUACCCUUGGUAUCUGUACGGCGUGCUGACCGCCGUUCAGUUUGUAUGUAUCAUUGGUUGCGGGAUCUUCGCCAUGGGCUUGCCCACGUCGGCCAUCAUUCUGGUGCGGGCGUUUGCCUGCUUCAGCCUCCCGAGCGUGGUCUUGCAGGCGUUCCUGCUCAUGGAGGCGAACGGCGCGGAGGCGCUGCUGACGUACGUCGACGGAGCGAUCGUCUGGUGCUACGCGCUCGACGCCAUUGCGGCGUUCGCCUGCGGUGCCGCCGUGGCCUCGACAGCCGGCACCCGGUGGCGCUUUGCUACGUUCAUCUGCGCCGAGAGCGUCCUGGGCAAUCUGGCGCGCGCCGCCUCGCCCUGCAUCCUGAACCUGGCCGUGGGCUUCGAGUGGUCGCCGGACAGCAUCACCGAGGCCAUGCUGCGGGGCUCGUCGCAGCGCUCGCUGGCCGCGAGGCUGUUCGACGCUGCGUACGUCCCGUGCCUGCUGGAGGUGCUGGUGAUGGUGUUGGCCUCCGCCUUCCUGGAGCGCGAGGCCACGGGGCAGCUCUGGACGUGGCGGCAGCGGAGGCUGGUGAGGCGCGCGGUGCGCGGCACUUCGCCGUCUUUCUCCGCGGAGAUACGCUACGCGGACAAUUCAAAGGGAGCGGUCGAGUCCGUGGAGGUCGAGAGCUCUGACGGUGCAGAGUAUCGCACGUGCUGGGGCUUCAGGUUCAAAUGCAAUAUUGGCAGCGGGUCUGGCUGGGGUUAUCCAAGAAGUUGGAUGCCUCCGGUACCUCAGACUCUGGCAGUGCUUCGGAGUAACAAACAGGCCUGCUUGCAUGCCUCACAUCUCUCAGGCCAUGGAGGCUGA